AUGAUGGAUGAUGAUUUUGAUCUGAAAUGCUUGCCCACAGAUUUUGUAGGUACCUCAAAGCCUUCGAAAAGACUCGAGGCAUUUUACAAGAAACAAGAGGAAAAACAUGAAAAAAUUAUACAAGACUUACACGCCAGGAAGUACGAUAUUUGCAAAAAAUUCGAGCGCCUAUUUGAAAAACUCGCCGAUCAACUGAAAGGAAAUUUGGAGGAUUUUAAACGAUUGAUUAAAGAUGAAUUAUUUGAAGCAAGAAUAAAAUCGAAUCAGGAUAAUGCUAAUUCUAUGGAAAAAAACGAUUUUGAAAAAAUGUACAGCACAAUUCUUCAUUAUACAAAUAAGAUGCACAAACUCACGGAAGAGUUUUACGAAAAUUUAGUAAAAAUUGAAAAAGACAAAUCAAAAGGCUUCACCAACAUUUUAAAAGAUGCUUACGAACAACUAAAACAUAACUCGUACAAAUUACCAAAUCAAACCGACGAACUUAUCGAACUUGAAAUAGAAAACAUUAACCAAACGAUUUUGUGCAACAACCGAAGCUAUUUGGCACUAAAAACUCAAUUGCAAGCAGAAAUUCAAAAUUUCAACAAAAACGCUAUACAAGAUCUUCAACAAGUCAGACAAUGCUGGGUGAAAUUCAUACGCGGUCAAGUCGAAAAAAGCCUAGGCACCUUGAAAACCCAAUAUUCUCCAGAUUUUUUAAAAACCAUGGAACAACUCAAAGAAAAAACCAAAGAAGCCGGCGCUCGCCUGAGCCACGUGAUCAAUACCCAAGACGCAAACCGAUGGCUCAGCAACGUACAGCACGCGUUGGCUCAGCUCGAUCACAAGGCUAAGAAAAUCACGACCAACUAUAAACAAGCGACGGUGCUGAUUUAUCAUCGGUGUUUCCAGGAAUUGAAAACUGUCGAAGACGCAAUGGCUCAGCUAGCUAAACCUGAACCGUUUUCGAAAGAACAAAUCGAAAUGUACUCGCCGAAUUUGGAGGAAAUUACUAAAAUGUACGAUGCUGAAUUGGAGACUAUACAAAAGAUUUGGAACAAUCUAAUAAACGAAAUGACAAAAGCCGUCGACUACACCUACAAAUUUUUAAUCGCCGGUUCGGUUUUAUGGAAAACGCAUUUCUGGCGGACCGAAAUUCUUCAAAUGAUCAUGCUCAAAGAUAUGGAAAACACCGUUCAUGAACACGACGCUAUUUCCGAAGCCUCCGAAACCAAGUUGAACGUCCUCAUAGACACUCUGAGGCAAGAGCCUGGCAAAGAAAAGCUAAAAAAGACAUUCGAGGAUGUUAAAAAAAUGUUUUAUGUGUUGGACAAUUCGUAUAAAGCUCAACACCAAAUUGAAAUUGCAUUGAUGAGAAAAUAUAAACACGUACAGGAAUUAAAAGUGGAUGUACUUGUAACGGAAGUCAAAAGGUUUUUGAAUUUUUAUCCACCAGAUCCAGAAAUAGAUCCCAAAAUUCAAAGAAAAAGAGCAAGUCAAACAAGCAUAGCACCAAUGGACGACACCGAAAACCUCAUUUCCACUCAAAUGCUCUACUGUACAUUCCAAAUUAAAGCAAUCAGCAAUUGGCAGUUUGGAUUAUGGGAAAGUAUCAGCAGCUAUUUGGACCUUGCCAGAACCGAGAUUUUAGAAGAAACUGAAAAAUGGAUAGAAGGCCAUUUGAAACGUGCCGAUAAACGAUUGGAAAUAAGGCUUGGGGUGAAUCGAACUCGCUUGAAGAAAAUUGAGGUUUAUAUUUAUGAGGAAAGGCUAGAGGAGUUGUGCCUACAUCAAAGCAGAUUUGAUGAGCAUAAAAUUGCUGUUGAAAGAGAUUUGGAGAAACUUAAAUAUGAAUUCAAGAAAGAUCAAUUUGAGUUUGAAACAAACGUAGAUGCCUAUAAAAACGAAAUUGCUGCAUUGAAAACGAAAAGUGUUUCCUCGGAAAACUCAUCCGCAAUUGCUGGAAUCAUGCAAAUUUUAAAUGCACGCACUGUAUUUAUUUUAGGAGAAAUCGACAAUUUUAUUUUAGAGAAUCUGAACAAGUACGAUAAUUUUUUCAGUAGUGUUAAAGCCAGUCACGUCCUCUUUCUCAAAAAUAUUAAAUUAUUUUCUGAAUAUGGUAAUUAUUCCAUAACGGAGAUAAAAGAUUUAUUGAAAAAUAUGGAAAAAGUUGAGAAUCAAGUUGAGAAAGUACUGAAUGAUAUUAGAAAAGAUGCGGCAAGUCACAAACAAAAAUUAAUAGAAAAUGUUCAAGAAAAAAAAGCAGAAGUUACUUGUACGUUGAAUGGAAUUGAUAAUGAACACAAGUUUAUGGAAAAUAUUAAAAAGAAGUUGAACAAUCUGGAAAAGCAAUUGAUAAAAGAAGUGUACAUGUUUCAGAGAAAAUUCCAAUCACUCACUGACCAGUUUGAUAAAUCUGAAGAACAAAUUACGAAAAAUUGCGGCGAUUUUAACUAUUACAAAGAUUUCUCUGAACAACUUAAAGACAUGUCCCAAAAGAUUAUCGAAAUAACCGAAUACCUAGACGAUCCUUUUCCAAUAAGAAUUUACUCGGACAAAUCGAAUGUUGAUAUAGAACCUGAGGCCGCAACUGCAGAAAAUUACAAAGCCGUCGACGAAUUGACAAUGAAACUUUUCAAUGUUAAAAUUCCACUUUACAACAACGACUACAAUGAGGAGAAAUAUUAUUUUUUGAAACUCAACAAACUCAUACGGGAUUAUUGGAACGAUAUUAUCGCAUACGGAAUGGAAUUUUAUGCAGACCACAGUCGGGGAUUUUAUUUGGAUGAUGAAAUGAUUGAACCAGGAUUAGUUAAACUUAUGCAAGGCCUCUACAAAAAAUUCUCCAACAUUCAAAGUCAAUGCGAAAUGAGAACAUUGCAAGACACAAAAGAGUUUAUUUCGUUCGCUGCCAGAUGUGUAUACGUUCUUCAAGAUUGCAUCGAAACUUACAUAGACGAAUAUGCAAGAAAAGCUUUGAAAAAUUUCGAUGAUUUUUACGAAAUUGAAAUCCAACGAGACAUGAGGAAGCGCAAAAAAUGUGUGCAGCAAAAAUAUGAAGAGCUCAACAAAAAAUUGAAACCUUUGCAUGGCCACCCCACAAACAAAAAGCUUUUGGAGAAUUUACAAAUUGAGGCGGAAAUUAUUUACAGUGAGGCCAAGGAGUUGUUUGAAGAUAUCAAGGAACCAUAUUUGGAAAAAUUAAACGAUCAGUUUGGUAAAGCAGUUGACGAUUUCUUUGCUUUGAAGGACAUUAUUCCUCCAAUCAUUAGGCUGAUAAAUGAUGUGCGAAAUGUCAUAGAAGAUCUUGUUUUAAAACUAAACGAAAAAGUCCAAUUGAUAAGAAUGUUGAUUGAAUUUGGUUCACACGAUAAAUCGGCUCAACAAAAUAUCAUUGCCCAUUGUAAAUCUUUUUUAUUGGUCUACGAUGCCAAAUCAUUUUCCAAAACUGACACAAACGUACUUUCCAAUGAACUAAUAGAUUGUAGUUAUUCGCACAGUUUAUUUACAAUGGAAGAAUCGUUUUCAGCAAAAUCGCCGCCUCCGUCUUUAACACCCACACCGGGACUGAGUGGAUGUGUCAGUGGUUGUGUUUCAGAUUCGUUUUCAAAUUCAGAAGAUAUGGAUUUGUUUUCUAUCGAUAUCAGAGAUGCUUACAAUAAAUACUCUAAUGAAGUGCAAAAUGAGAAUUUCGAUGAAAUGUUGCAAGUUUUGAGGAUUCAAUGGCAAGAAGCUGUUACGAAGGUGAUGAAUUUGUACACAGUGAAAUAUGAUAAUAGAAAAUAAAUGCGUUUAGUUUUUAAUUCUUAGUUAUUGGAAGUUGGUAGUGAGGAUGGAGUAGUAAUGAAACCAGUCUUAUGUAUUUCUAAAACUUUGUUCAUGUUGUUAAUUAUGCGUGGUUUAUUUC